UGACCCUCAUACGUGUCACAUGAAUGUGACAUGUCGAACAAUUUUUGUGCUUUAUUAACGUGGGAUAUCGUUCACUUAUACAUAUACCGUCUAAACGAAAUUUAUUAUCUCAUUAUAUAUUGCCUACUGCAUAUUAUAAAAUCUCUUCAUCACAGCCAGAGAAAGAUAUAUCACCUUGAUUUGAUUCAAUUAUGAUCUCCAAAGUUAAAAUCAAAUAAUGACUAAUUAAAAUUAAAAUUACUAUGCGUGCAAGAGCCAGUCAGUGUAUCAGUCAUGUUAGUCGCGAAGAUAUUCUUAGUGAUCGUAGUCCUCGUCAUGAGUUUCGCAUCGGAAGAGACAAACUACUCGCGUCUUUUGCGCGUACUUCGACUAAGUGAUCAUCGAUCAUCCGACACGAGGAAACGGCGAGGAGACGAAAUCAAUUACUUCGAGCAAUGCAGUUUCGUGAGCAUGUGGAAAGGACAACUUGGCCACGUGAGCGUGUUGGCUUUCUUGGAUCCUGCCUGGCAGUACAGCUUCAGACAGGCCGUCAUGCUGGAGCUAUUGAGCUUACGCUUGCGGAAAUCCGGUUUCCCGGAUGUCCGGCUUUUCGUGAUAGCACCGCCGCCCAAUUUGACGGAAGACAAGAUCGAGGACGAUUACGAGAGCGAAGUGUGGCGGAAAAUAACAGCGACGUACGAGAUAGAGGAGUUCGUAAACACCAAUCUCUUCUUCGAGGAUAGCGAGUCGGAAAUAAUCUUUCUUCAAGAUGAUCCACAAUUUCGAAUAUGGGAGAGAUUUCGGGCGUCAAAGGACCAAGUGGUCGUCAUCGAUCGAUGCGGGCAAUUAACGUAUCAGAUAAUGGUGCCGUGGAGUAUCUUAUAUUUUCCUUAUGUGAAAGCAGCUAUUCUGUCCACCCAUCAAGAGGACCCGUGCGGUGGAUGCGAUCCCACCAUGUAUCAAGACCCAGAUUACGAAGACUAUUUCCCAAAUUCAAGAAGCACCACUAAAGGAACGGAUCAAUAUGAAACCGAUAAGAUUAACGCCGAGCUAAUCUGGACCACCGAACAAUGGUCUUCGGGAAACGGCAGCGUACAUCUCGAGGAGUCACUAAAAGAGGAGCACGAGACAAAUAUUGUACCUCCUGUUAUCUCCGACAAAAUAACACACGAUAGCGAUGACCUUUCGAAUUUUUCUAACAUGACGGAAUCCUCGGUGAUGUCUGAAACUACUUACGAUAAUGGUACGACUGCGUUUUCUCCUAAUCCGAAUGAGACGCGGAGACGAGAAGAUUUGAAAAAUGCCACAGCCUCCGAUGUAACAGAAGAGUUACAGCAGGACGUUCCUCCGAGACGAGAUGAAUCUACGCCGAUGAGCGAUAAUUCUAUCAGUUGGAAUGCGAGCCAUCGUGCCUUAUCGUCGAAUGAAUCAACAACUAGCGAAAUAAAAAACGAAUUUAUUUCCACGACAAGCAUUUCAGAGACUGCCAGAGAUGACGACGAAGAUGCGGAUAGUCUGAUCGAUGAAAACGAGGAAAAUGAAUCAAUCGGACAUAUCGGAGAAACGGAGGAAAGCACGUUAGCGUUACACGUAAUUAUGCGUGCGCCGCACGUGCACAGAAACGGAAGAAAUACAGAAAAGCACACGCAUUUAAUACUGAAGAUCGGCAAUCCUGAUUUUCACGGGCAUCUGGACAAUUUUAAGGACAUGGAUCUUCAAGUCGCAAGCUCCGAAAAAAAUGGUUCGAAAGCCAUCGAAGUGAAUCAAGAAAACGCCAAUCGGACUUAUGUAUUCGAUCAGGAUGAAAGCCCGGGAUUGUACGGGGAAAUAGCGGACUAUUGGAGAGAAGAUAACGAUGACGCUAAUAAAAAUGAGUCUCCUAACAGUGCUGCUUAUAGUGAUUCUACGAUAAGUUAUAACGAAAAACAUCAUAUUAAUAUCAGCGGCGAUGCAACGACUCCUUCAAAGUCAUCAGAGAUAAACGAAAAUUAUUCAACGGCAAGUAUUACAAUAAACACGUAUAUUAAUAACUCUACUAAUUCACAAAAUACAGUUAGAUUAGACAAAAUUGAUUCUUCAAUUAAUACAAGUAAUGAGAUCAAUAAGAAAGAAGAGAUGCAAAGUAAUGUAAUUAAACAUUACAAUAAACUUUUAAAUUGGAUUGAUUACAGAUUAAAACGAUAAAUCUUUGUAUUCAUUUAAAAAUAUCAUUAAUGAAGAUGUAUUCAUUAUAUCACUUUUACGUUAGUCGAUGUAUCACAUAUCACA